AUGAACAACGAGGUUAAUACCGCCGCCACGAUGCGACGAUCUUCCGACACGGUUGAGCGGCAGCGGGCUGAUUCGGGCGGUGCGCCCUAUUCGGCGUUACCCGCCUCGCCUACACUGACCAACCCUGACAUGAUAUUACCCGAAUUUCCUGAUUAUGACGACAAUACUAUUUCUCUGGAUCAUUCGCAGUCCCCGCUGACGGCGUGGAAGAAUGCGCAAGCCGGUAAUUUGGGGUUCGACCUGUCCGCCGAAUCCUUCAUCGCGGGACCAAUUACCCCUACAACACCGAUUAUAUACGGAAAUGGAACCAUGCUGUCUGAUAUCGGAGAGGUUACCGAAGUUGAAAGCACGUGUGGCCCUUCUCGGUCUCGUUCUGGUUCUACGAGGAGUGAACUUGCAAUAGUGACAAGUACUGCCUUACCCUAUGAGGCCAUCAAACAAAGGAUCAAACAAUCUAGGAUGGCUCACCAACGGCAUAUGUCAGUUGACUCCAACAGUACAGUCACUGCUCAUGAUCAAACUGGCCUCUUUGCCGACUUUGACGACGCUGUUAGCAUAGAUGAUAGCAACUUUCAGGGAGAUGACGAAGAUAGCGUUGCUGAUUCUUAUAUUGAUGAUGCUUCUGUUCAGGAAACAAUUUCUCCGGCAAAGGAUUCACUUGAUCCAGAUGAUGCGAGAUACUCUACCACUUUGAGCCGGAGGGCCGAGCAAAUUCUGGCAAACGCGAAGCGGCGCUUAACAACAAUGGAAGGUAAUCUUAAUCGAGCUCGAUCGUCAAUUUCCUCCCCGUCUUGGUCCUCGAUGGGUUCUCAUUCAACACCCUCGCCGCCGGUUGGAAGACCUACAACCGCUACGAGUCUUGGCAAAGAUGGUCAGAGGAAGGCCCCCCAUGGCCACAAUCGGGUAUCUAGCGAGAGCAGUAUUCUAGGCGAAAACAGGCCUACUAUAUCUACCCAAAGAUCUUUAAGCGCUCUUGGUACAUCUGGAGGGUAUCGUCGUCCUUUGCAGGGCUUGCGCAAUACCGAUUACGCCCGGAAUAACGCCAACAGUACUCCAUCCAACAAUCCAGCUUAUGAAAUCUCGGCUUUGAACAGUAAAAUGACCGUGCAUGUACAAGAUCGGCCUCUCGAGCCACUCCGUGAAGGCACUAUCUCUGAAGAAAAAGAUAUACUCCAGAUGGACACAGAAAACGCGAAGCCAGAUGUCCAUCUGAGUCCCGUCGAUUCAAUUCCUGACAAGAAUCUCAAGCGGUCAGCUUCGUCAACGCAGAUGCGUGAUUUGAAAGAUCAAGUUAACGACUUAAAGGGAAGGCUCUCAACCUUGAGGGAUCAAGCUCGUGCAGAUAGUUUGAAGCGCCGAAGCUUGCAGAGCUUGCGCACCCCUAGUCCUUUCACGCACGCUCGCGUCGAGCAAUGGUAUGCUGAAUCGAAUAGCCAUGAAGAUGGAGGAGUACCUCUGCAUGGUGACUCGGUUGGUCAGACAACAACUGAAAAUAGCUCCGACCCCCGGGAUCAAAUGAGUAGUCUAAUAGAAGUGCAAGCAUCCCUUCACAGCUGCGAGGAGCCCCAGCUGACCAGGUCUGCCUCUAUCGAAGAGCCUGCUGCUGAAGUGACGCUAGAUACAGCUGGUUCACAGCCCGUCUCAACUAAUCUCAUGGAUGAUGCUGAACAAAGCGCUGCAGAAGUCAAUGAUGGCUUCGUGGAUGUACUGGAUAUAACUGAAGUCGCAAGAACAGACGAUGGAUACCAGUACGCUGAGGCCGAUGAUUUUUAUGAAUCAGCAAGCGAAAGUGGCGCAUCCACUUAUCAUGAUACCGUUCAAGCUCAGAUCUCUCAUGAAGAUCGUGAAGAUGCCUUUGAUUAUGAGCAUUUCUUUUUGCACAGCGCCAUGGGUAGUAUGAGCCGUAGGCGUAUGCGUCACAAAGGGAGUAACGAUAGCUUCAGUUCCGAUGGCUCCGUAGAGACGACUAGGGGCCCAAUUGUGUCGCAGCCAACGAACGUCUCGGCCAUUAAGACUGGCCAUCGUUCUCGCAGAGGGAGCGCAGGUUCAACAUCCACCAUGGAAUCUUUUGCCACGGCAACAGAAGGUCGACAUACCAGAGUUGGCAUCGCUACGCCUCGAGAAUACGACGAUGAGCAUAAUGACGAGUACGACGACGAGUACUCCGAGCAUAUCAUCACUCUCCCAGUGCGUGCCCGAACGCAUACGCCUGACACUGCAAGACGAAUGGUGUUUAGCCCAGAUGCUGGUGACUCGAGAUCCGGCCAAAGACACUCACAGCUAGGUCUUCAUCGUCGUCCUCAAAGCAGUGCGGCAGUAUUUCAGCAUCGAUCUUCGGUUUCGUCGAUAUCAAGUGGUACCAACCGAACCUUUCCACUUAUAAACAGAUCAAAAGAGAAUAAAGGCAUAUUGACACCUGGAGACUCGCCUGACCACGGGCUCAAGCAGAUUUCAGAGACCAUCAUGAGCGAAACGGCCAGCAUAUGCGAGAAAGAAAGCCUGCAUGAUGGCGAGAAAGUGGCUCCUAUGCAGAUGCUUGACAAAUAUGACCAGAUCCUUGUUGAGCGACUAGUGGCGAGUCUCGGUCGAUGUGUCCUGGGGCUGUCAGAAUCGGGACAUGCCAGUGCUGAGGGCAGGGAAUUUCGGGGCAAGAUUGAGGCCGCUUGUAGGGCCUUGGAAAAGCUUGAAUAA